GCCAGCGUGGACUCAUUUUUGUAUAAAAACAUUUCAAGAAUCAUUUGUAAGCUAAGCUGAAAGAUUAAUAAAAGAAAUCAGUUCGGGAAGUAUCCAAUUUUCUCUCAAAGUCCUUGUUUGUUUCCUGAGAAAUUUUCUGCAUUUUCUGUUUGUUUCCCCAGAAAGGUUUGCGACUUUCUGCUUCUCUUCUCAUCUGAUCUUAGGACUUUCACAUCUCAUAAAAAAUGGAAAGAAGAAUCUAUGAAGCAGCGGUAGAGGGGAAUAUAAUUUCCUUGCUUAACUUGCUUCAAGAGGAUGCUCUAAUUCUUGAUAGAAUUACUGUGAGCUGUUACGGAGAGACACCUUUGCACAUAGCUUCCAUGCUUGGUCAUGCAGAAUUUGUGCAGGAAAUUCUGGGUCGUAAGCCUGAGCUUGCCGGAGAGCUUGAUUCCCGUAAAUCAUCACCACUUCACUUAGCAACUUCAAAAGGGUACUUGGAUAUAGUUAAAAAAUUGGUAUCGGUUAAUCCUGAAAUGUGCCUUGCUCGUGAUCGUGACGGAAAAAACCCAGUACAUAUUGCAGUCAUCAAGGGUCGUGUUAGUGUCUUAAAAGAGUUGGUUAAAGUGAGACCUAUUGCGGCUCGAAUGUUGAUGGAACGAGGUGAAACAAUUUUACAUGCCUGCGUGAGAUUUGACCAGUUGGAGGCAAUGAAAUUCUUGAUGGAGCAAAUGAGUGAUCAUGAGUUUGUGAAUUCUAAGGAUGAUGAUGGCAACACUGUAUUGCAUCUGGCGGUGGCAGAUAAACAAGUGGAGGCAAUACAGUUUUUGACUACUAUUAAUGCAAUAGAAGUGAAUGCUCUGAAUAAAGGUGGCUUUACAGCCUUGGAUAUUUUAAAACAAAGCAGAAGAGAUUGGAAAGAUUAUGAAAUUGGGGAGUUGCUUCGAAGUGGGGGAGAUAUUUGUGCAGAAGACAUUGCUAUAUCGAAGCAUGAUCUUGGCUCCAAACAAACUACAACCUUAACAUCUCAUGGCAAUAAUCAAAUUAAUAUGUCGCGCCCUCAAGGUAACCAUACAAAAAAGUCCUUUGAGAAGAAAGGUGAUUGGUUGAAAGAAAUGAAUAAUGUCUUGAUGGUGAUAGCAUCACUGAUAUCUACUGUAACAUUUCAAGCUGGUCUGAACCCUCCUGGUGGUGUAUGGCAAGAGACUAAAAAAGCCCAAGAUGACGCCCCCACAUCUGAUCCAUAUCACGAGGUAGCCCUCACAUCUGAUCCAUAUCACGAGGCAGGGGAGUCAAUAAUGGCUGAUACAUCAUCAUCUCACUAUUAUAGUUUGUCUAAUUUGUUUUUCACUUCCAAUACCAUAGGGUUUGUUGCGUCUCUUUGCAUCAUUUUAUUGCUCGUGAGUGGUUUGCCAUUUAUUAAACGCAGGUUGUUUACAUGGAUUUUGAUGGUGAUCCUGUGGGUUGCGAUUUCGGCAUUAACACUUGCUUAUCUCUUCUCUCAAACUUUUAUUACAGGCUUGAAUGAACCGCUCAUUGGAAAGAUAUAUGCUACAGAGAUGAUAUUAUUUGUAUGGAUGGGCGUGAUGGGGAUUCUUCUUUUGAGUCACACCAUUCGUCUUAUAAAAAAGAUAAUAAUCUAUUUCAUAAAAUUAACAAAAGCACGAAGGGAUACAAAUGGUCCAAAUGGUGAUGAACAAUGUCAUAAUGUCUGA